UUACCCAAAUGCAUUGCACCGUGUUUCUGCAAUUUGGCGAAUACUGCUUGUUGUUCUACACUUUUUUGAAAAAUCUCCUUUCUUGUGAAAUUUUCUACACUCAGCUCAGAUGACGGGACAGUAUUUUCAUGCAUGUCUUUACUGUCCACAUAUACUGCAUUCUGAACAUCAGUUUAUCUUUAACGUUUUUUUCUGCUCUUAUGCUCUUUGUGUGCAUUACUUCGACCUGUGCCCCUCUUCUCUGUCCCGCGGAUGAAUGUUAGUUGUUUUUUCACUGCUGCUCCAUCUCACACGCGUCAUUGCUUUCUCCAAUGUUCGCUCCGGCAUCCAACUGCAUGCUCCCUGAUAGCUUAGCAUCUAUAAUGUUGGCUACAAUCUGGUCUCUGAUGAGAUCUUCUCUCAAAGCUCCAAACUGACAGUGCUCUUUGUUGCAUAUAUUAAAGCAAUAAAGUUUUUAACUAUUUUUUCUCUUGCUAAUGCAUGAAAGCUGUUGACCCUGAGAAGUUUGACACUGCAAACAAAGAGCAACACAAAUACCAUAAUUAUUCCCCAUCUCUUCAUCUGGUUGGAUCAGGCCAUAAGAUUUCAUCCACAUUGCAAUCUAUGAUAUCAUUGGCAAAGCAUCCUUGAAAGAAAUGCCUUAACUGACGAAUCUAUCCUUGCAGAGAAGCUGCUUCGAUUUGAUCACAUGCCUGCUCCAUGAGGGGCAAACGGUCAUAGGGUCACAAGCCAUAUACCUUCAAUCACCAUGCUGUAAAGACUCUUCAAUUGGAAUCAUGAAAGGGGAGUAUGGGGGAUGAUAUAAGACUUCAAAUUCUGGGUGAUCAUGGAACCAAUUCUGGACCAGAGCAGCCAGACAUGUAUAAAUUCAUGCUUUAUUUUUUCUGUAUCCAUUUGCAGGACUCUGUGAAACACAGUGAAAGAAAAUAGGAUGCUAUUCAAUAUCUAUUGCACAGUUGUUUGUGCCAGAACAUUAUGAGCAGUGCACAACACCACGCCAUAGCAGUAAAAUGAACAAUACACACCUCCACAUACUCAGUGUACAGAUGAUUUACUCUCUAAAUUUCUGUCAAAUAGUACCUGAUACAGUUUUCUCAUGUCUUUUUGAUUUAUCUUGAGGAUUCAUGCUAAUGCUGACAAAGUGGCUUGUUGGAUGUAAUUGAAAAUAUGGUCAUCGUUGAUGAUGUUGGUUUGGAUUUCUUGCAGCCUGAUACAGUUAUUGGCCUUAACCAUGUUCACAAUAGUGCCCUCUUGUGCAUGGGUGAACACAGCGUUUUAGGUUCCAACAUUCCUGUAUCCUGAAAUGAUUCCAGUCCCGUUUCUCUGCCACUUCUAUGUUAUUAAGGUGGAAGAGGAAAUAAACAGCAGCUCAAUGUGUUUUCAAAAUAAACAGAACAAUCAUCGUCUGUGAGAAAGCAGCUAAAAAUAGUUUUAUUCAAACUUCUGUAGAAACAGGAUGAUCAAAUAUGAAAAUGCAGUGAUGCUGGGAUCACUCCCCAUUAACACAUCAGAUCAGAGGGUGGAGGAUCAGAGGAGAAGAAAACCUGAGGUUGAAAGAGGUUUCAGAAAAAAUGAAGCUAAGUUUGUUUCUGAUGGUUUUUGUGGGUCAUUUUUGUCUCUUCACAUGUCAGCUCCAUGAGUAUCACUAUGUUGAUCAGAACAUGACUUGGGCUGAAGCUCAGCAGCACUGCAGGGACGAAUACACUGAUCUGGCUACAGUGAGCAGCAUGGCUGACAUAGACCGACUCAGAAAAAUAAACUCAGAAAACAAACAUGUCUGGAUUGGUUUGUUCAACCAAACAGGCACCAUUGCUACUUCACACUGGUCUCUGCCCGGACUACAGUUCAAUGAAAGUCAGGCAAAGUGGAAACCUAAUGAACCAAAUGGAGGAGUAGCUGAGACCUGUGGGGCUAUAGAACAUAUUACUGAUAAAAAGUGGUUGGACAUGCCAUGUAUGAUAUCAUCAAAUUUCCUCUGCUAUAAUGGUAAUAAGAAACAUUAUUCUCUUUGAACCCAUUUUGCAUGUAAAAGCCAGAAGAUUACAGACAUGGAAUGACAUUCUCAAUCAAAACUCUUACCAGAACUAUUUCUUUUUCUUUUUUAUGCAAACAUGAAAGAAAAAAGUCUGAUCUUCCCUAAAGAUCAAAGUUUCAUUGUUUCAAUAUCUUUUACUCCACAGGAAGCUCUUCUCUUAAGUAUUAUUUAGGAGAUAAAAUGACCUGGUUUGAUGCUCAGAGAUACUGCAGAGAGAAUCACAUAGAUCUGAUCAGUGGACCACAGCUGGAGGAGCUGCAGAAGCAUAAUGAUGACACAGAGAACAUUAUACAAGUAUAUGAGAGAACAACUGUUGUAAACUUGAACUCAUUGUCAAGAUUUAACUACAUUUUUAUCGGACUGUUCAGAGACGCUUGGACCUGGUCAGAUGGCAGCAGUUUCUCUUUCAGACACUGGAAUGUGUGGUAUGACAGUACAAGUGAAAAAAACAACUGCACCAUCCUGAACCAGGACGGUGUGUGGGAAACCAAAAUAUGUUCUGAGAGGAAACCCUUCAUCUGUUACACAGAUCAUGUGAUCCUGAUCAAUGAGAGCAGGACCUGGGAGGAGGCCUUAUACUACUGCAGACAUCACCACCAUGACUUGGUCACCAUCACUAACCUGGAUGAUCAGAGAUGGGUUCAGGAGAAAACCAAGAAUGCUACAACUCCUUUUGUGUGGACGGGACUGCGCUACACCUGCACUCUGGGGUUCUGGUUCUGGGUCAGUGACGAGGUGGUCCGCUUCAAGAACUGGGCCUCACCUGAACAGGUGAAUGAGUGUGACAUGUCAGGAGCCAUGGAGACAGGAGGUGAACACAAGUGGGUCAAGAAAUAUGAUGAGGAGAAGUUUAACUUUUUCUGUUCUAAGUGAAAAUCUGAUCACAGACUACAGGAAUUUUCAAUUGAGAUUCUUGUAGCUUUUAGCAAAGCAUAAUUUUAGAGUUAAGGUAAAUGCUAGCUGUUUGGAUAUAGUUUACUUUUGCUUUUAUUUCUGGAGAGACAAAUAUAAAUACCUGCACAUUAUAUUCUAUUAGG